AUGGAGUCCGGUGGUGUUUCCAAGAUGAAUGCUCUUUUCAUGAAGCACAUUUUCAGAGGUGAUCUCCUGUCAAGAAAAACCAUGAUCGGGUCUAAAUGGUCGUUUUGGAUCCUCACUGUCCUUAUUUCUGCUUGGAGGCCAGUAACCGCCGGAACACUGACAGAUUUGGAGUUUGAGCGGAGUCCCAAUGCUAUCAUUUCUUCGCUGGGUAAACCUGUUAAGAUGCACUGCACCCUGAAGGGGACGGGGGACGAGGAAGAAGACCCCCCUGAUGUGCUCUGGCUGAGAGACGGUGUGCCACUUCAGUACGCAGACACCAAUCAGUUCCAAGUCCACACUGGCAGCAACAGUUGGACCAUCAUGAGCUCGCUCAGUAUUGAGAAGGUCCAGCUUCCCGACAUGGGCUCCUAUCGAUGUGCAGUUCUGUCAGAAAGCCACCAGACUAUGUCUGAGGAGGGAAGCAUUCAGCUGGAGGGCCUUCCACAUUUCUCUGUGGAGCCCCAGCACACGUCUAUAAUAGCCAACGUAUCCCUGAGCUUGAGCUGUGUGGCACACGGACCUCCAGAGCCAGUCAGGGUCAUCUGGCUGCAGGACGGCGCUCCACUCAACUCCCUGAACGACCAGGUGGCUCUGUCUCCCUCCACACUCAACCUCACAGGUUUGAACAGGACCAGCACUUUUUCUUGUGAGGCCCAUAACCGCAAAGGUGUGGCCACCUCUGGAUCUGGUACCAUCACUGUUCUCUCAUCCCAGCCCCAGCAUCUGAGAGCUGUGGAGAUCACUCCGACCAGUCUCCGUAUAUCAUGGCAGCCUGGUUUUGGAGGCGACUAUCCAAUAAUCCGUUGCUCUGUUCAGGCCAAACAUUCAGGAGAGUCCGUCACAGCAGGCCCAGAUAAGAUGAUCCACAACCAGAAUGUGAACAUCCCACCAGCGGCGCACCUCAUCGGGGAGCUGGAGCCCCACAGCCUCUAUGCUGUCAGGGUGGCCUGUCACAGCAGCCAGGGCCCAUCUGACUGGUCGCCCUGGGUGGAGCUACGCACCAAAGAAGGAGUACCAGAAAACCCGCCUGUUAACGUGAGCGCGGUGCUAAACGGGACAGAGGUUCUGAUGACGUGGGAGGGGCCUCCAGGGAGGCUGAAUGGAGAACUACAGGGCUACAUGGUGGAGUACAGCACACCUGCCGCACAACAGUUUGUCAUGGACACUGGAUUGGAUACUGAGCUGUCAAUCAAUCUGUCUGUCCCCCUUUCCAAUGUGUCUUUCCGAGUGUGUGCCUAUACAGGGGCGGGGCAAGGACCCUGGACCCCCACACAGACCCUGACACUUAUUGCUCCUGAAAUGGAGGAAUUCAGGGGUCCGUCAUCUCCACCGGCUUUUUCCUGGCACUGGUGGUAUGUGGUGAUGGCCAUUGCCGGCGCUGUGUCCAUAGCUGUGCUCAUGGCUGUUUAUGUGGCCAAGCUGCGGCGCAAGGAGACGCGUUUUGGUGAGGCGUUUGAACCCAUGAUGGAGAGCGGAGAGCUGGUGGUCAGGUACCGCGCUCGCCGCACCUACAGCCGCAGGACGACAGAAGCAACCCUGAACAGCCUGGGCAUCAGCGACGAGCUGAAGCAGAAGCUCCAAGAUGUGAUGGUGGACAGACAUAAACUAACCCUGGGAAAGACCCUGGGAGAAGGGGAGUUUGGCUCUGUGAUGGAGGGGCUGCUGACUCAGGAGGAGUCUGCCCUCAAAGUUGCUGUCAAGACUAUGAAGAUUGCCAUCUGUACCCGCUCAGAGAUGGAAGAUUUUCUCCGUGAGGCCGCCUGCAUGAAAGAGUUUGACCACCCCAAUGUCAUGAGACUUCUAGGUGUGUGUCUGCAGACUGUGGAGAGUGAAGGGUACCCCUCCCCUGUGGUCAUCCUGCCCUAUAUGAAACACGGAGACCUGCACAGCUAUCUGCUAUACUCACGGCUGGGAGACUGUCCUGUGUACCUCCCGUCUCAAAUGCUGGUAAAGUUUAUGACUGACAUUGCCCGAGGGAUGGAAUACCUCAGCAGCAAGAACUUCAUUCACAGAGACCUUGCCGCUCGCAACUGCAUGCUGAAUGAGAACAUGAAUGUCUGUGUGGCCGACUUUGGCCUCUCCAAGAAGAUCUACAAUGGAGACUACUACAGGCAGGGCCGGAUCUCGAAGAUGCCCGUCAAAUGGAUCGCUAUCGAAAGCUUGGCUGAUCGCGUCUACACCACCAAGAGUGAUGUGUGGUCGUUUGGAGUCACCAUGUGGGAAAUUGCCACACGGGGCCAGACUCCGUACCCUGGGGUCGAAAACAGUGAGAUUUAUGAUUAUUUGAGACAAGGAAACCGUCUCAAACAGCCUCCAGACUGUCUGGACAGCAUCUACUCCCUGAUGUUCUCCUGCUGGCUGCUGAGCCCCAAGGAUCGCCCAUCCUUUGAGGCCCAGCGCUGCGAGCUGGAAAAGGCCCUUGAGGAUCUGCCGGACACCCAGGACCCAGAUGAGAUCUUGUACGUCAACAUGGACGAGUCUUCCAUGGAGCUAGGGGCUGUCGGUGGCCGUGACCCCAUCGGGGGGCCGUCCCCUCUCUGCCUGAAGGGUCUGGGCUCAGUGACCACAGUGGAGGUCCACCACCCCAACCGCUACGUCCUCUGUCCCCAACACGAGACAAAAGUCCUGGCUGACUCCCUGGAGAGCCUGGACAUGCCGGUGUUGUCUUCCACAGCUACACUGCCUCUACAACCAUCCUGCCACUCCACUCCCAACCCCACCCUGACUGUGGACCUGCUGGAGGACAGGGAAGGGUCCAGGAAAAUGCCCUGGCAGUGAUGGCUUCACUCUUAAGAAAUGACAAGACUCGCCAAAGUGUGCCAUCCUUUAACUCAAGUCCAAGAACGAGAUCAAGCCUCUUGCUACUGAUUGUAAGACACCUAAUAUGCCCCUACAUACAUAUUUUGCACAAAUACACACACACACACACACACACACACACACACACACACACACACACACACACACACACACACACACACACACACACACACACACACACACAGCCGAAUGCAUUCCAAGGAAGUGAAGGAUUGGGAUUAUUUCCUUUGUCAAGCCUCUCUCUUCUGAAAUGAUCACAUUUCCAAGUGAGUGUAAAAGUUCAUGUGUGAUUAAUGUAGCCGAAGGAACACUGUUACCAACGAUAGACAGUGGGUGAACAAGUUUAGAGCACACAUUGUUGCCCUCGUACACUGCAGCACAAUCAAACAAACCUAAUUCCCCGGCGCUAUAGCAAUACAAUACUACAUCUGCACAACUACCUGUAUACAGCAGAUCGAUCUCCUUCACGUGAAGCUAAAGAAUCUGAUCGUGAAACCAGCUCAGACACUGCCAGGCUGAAUCUACAACCAAACACACUCAGGAGCUUGAACUUGUGAGCUGAGGAAAG